AGCGGGUGGUGCACGGCCUCGCAGACGCAGAGUCGUCGCUGAGAUCAUGGCUGGAGGCAAAGCUGGAAAGGUCAGUGGAAAGGCCAAGGCUAAGGCAGUGUCACGCUCACAGAGAGCUGGGCUACAGUGUCCUGUGGGCCGCAUCCACAGACACUUGAAGACUUGUACCACAAGCCAUGGAAGGGUGCUGAAGCUGGCAGGUGAUGCUUCCAAGGAUCCCAAAGUAAAGCGUAUCACCCCACAUCACUUGCAGCUUGCAAUCUGUGGUGAUGAAGAGUUGGAUUCUCUCAUCAAGGCUGGGGGUGGUGUGAUUCCUCACAUCCACAAAUCUCUGAUUGGAAAGAAGGGACUGCAGAAAACGGCUUGGGGGGGUAAUUUAACCAGCCCUCUUCCUCCCUGUCAUUGUACUGUAAUUGAGACAGAAGAAACAAUGGGGAUAUGUGGAAUUUUUAACAACAGUUAAAUGGAAAAGCAUAGACAAUUACUGUAGACCUGAUAAAAGAAACAUUUGUAUGUUCUUAGACUCAAAGUUUGAUAAAAGUACCUUUUCAUGUGGUACCAGUUGUGUGUUGAUUGGCUAGGUUUCUCAAACCAUGUGUUUUAUACAAAAAUGGAAUUGAUAAAUCU